CUACCGCCGGGACACACAGUGCUGGCGCGGCUUCCCGGGUCCCCGGCGGCAGCUUCUACACCCGCCGCAGCAUCUACAAUCGCAGAGCCGCGGAUGCGCGUCCAGUGACCCGGACAGCUAGGCCCGCGCGCGGCGGGGGCGGCGGCAGACGCCUAGCCACCGUGACCCCAAUUUUGGAUUUACCGCUCGGGGGGUGGGGGGAACCUGGAUUUAACUGGCGAUUGUUUUGGGGGACGCCGGACGCCAUGUUGUGGAAAAUAACCGAUAAUGUCAAGUACGAAGAGGACUGCGAGGAUCGCCACGACGCGAGCAGCAAUGGGAACCCGCGUCUCCCUCACCUCUCUUCCGCCGGGCAGCAUCUCUACAGCCCCGCGCCUCCCCUUUCCCAUACUGGAGUCGCCGAAUACCAGCCACCGCCCUACUUUCCGCCUCCCUACCAGCAGCUGGCUUACUCGCAAUCCGCCGACCCCUACUCGCAUCUGGGAGAAGCGUACGCCGCUGCCAUCAACCCCUUGCACCAGCCGGCGCCCACUGGCAGCCAGCAGCAGGCCUGGCCCGGCCGCCAGAGCCAGGAGGGGGCUGGCUUGCCCUCACACCACGGGCGCCCGGCCGGCCUGUUACCCCACCUCUCCGGGCUGGACGGCGGUGCCAUGAGCGCCCGCAGGGAGGCCUACCGCCGCUCGGACCUGCUGCUGCCCCACUCGCACGCCCUGGACGCCGCGGGCCUGGCCGAGAACCUGGGGCUGCACGACAUGGCUCACCAGAUGGAGGAGGUGCAGAAUGUCGACGACCAGCACCUACUUCUGCAUGAUCAGACGGUCAUUCGCAAAGGUCCUAUUUCAAUGACCAAGAAUCCCUUGAGUCUCCCUUGUCAGAAGGAGCUGGUGGGGGCUGUGAUGAAUCCCAGCGAGGUUUUCUGCUCCGUCCCUGGAAGACUGUCCCUCCUCAGCUCUACAUCUAAAUACAAAGUGACAGUGGCUGAAGUCCAGAGGCGACUGUCCCCGCCUGAGUGCUUAAAUGCCUCAUUGCUGGGAGGUGUCCUCAGAAGAGCCAAAUCUAAAAACGGUGGCCGGUCCCUGCGAGAGAAGUUGGACAAAAUUGGCUUGAAUCUUCCUGCCGGGCGACGGAAAGCUGCUCAUGUAACCCUCCUAACGUCCUUAGUAGAAGGUGAGGCUGUUCACUUGGCUCGGGACUUUGCCUAUGUCUGCGAGGCAGAAUUUCCUAGUAAAUCCGUGGCAGAGUAUUUAACCAGACCUCAUCUCGGAGGACGGAAUGAGAUGGCAACUAGGAAAAACAUGCUGCUGGCCGCACAGCAAGUGUGUAAAGAAUUCACAGACCUUCUCAAUCAAGACCGAACCCCCAAUGGGAACAGUCGGCCCGCCCCGGUCCUGGAGACCAGCAUCCAGAACUGCCUGUCGCAUUUCAGCCUGAUUACCCACGGGUUUGGCAGCCAGGCCAUCUGUGCCGCCGUGUCUGCCGUGCAGAACUACAUCAAAGAAGCCCUGGUAGCCAUAGAUAAGUCCUGUAUGAAUCCUGGAGACCAGAGCCCGGCGGAUUCUAGCAAAACCCUGGAGAAGCUGGAGAAGCACAGGAAGUAAAAGGAGCCUGAACGAAGGACGCAAGCGUCUGGAAGGGAAAGGACUCCACAUCCGUUCGCCACCAAGACAGCCUGGAUCCCCUCCUGCCCGGGGGACAGAGUGCACUGCUCACGUUCCGGUUGAAAAGGCCUCCGUCGGUUUCCAGAUCCACACGUGCCCUCCUGGAUUUCCUAGUAUUUCUCUAGCGCUGAAGCCUCUCCGAAACCCUGGAUUGGACGAGGUUGAAGGUGACGAGUGUUGGUUCUUGACCCAUUCUGCUUAGAUUUUUUUUUUUUUUGGAACCCUGUUCUUCCUUCCUCUGCAAGUGGUGCUACAAGUUUUUCAAACUUUUAGAUUUCCUGGGCUGAGGAAGACACACACACACACACUCAGCUGUUGAGAUAUCAGUGUUGUGAUUCAGAUCAACAGUCACUUGCAGUGUUAAGGUGAACGGACUGAUGUAGCUUCCUUAGACUCUCACACACUGGGAGGCAAGGGUUGUACCCGCUUAGCAACCGGUUCAUAGGUGGUAUUUGACACACCUUAAACCCUUGCUCAAAGGGGCCCUUCGGGUAUUAAUGAAACUUGUAGAAACAAAGCCUGCUGAUGAUUUUAUGUUUUUCUUAAAAAAAAAACUUUGAAAAUUAACUCUUCAAAUAGGAGAUUAAAUUCUCUCUCUCAUUUUUUGCUGCGCCCAUGGCCACGCAAAAGGUCCUGGGCCAGGGAUCGAACUCGCACCACGGCAGCGACCCAAGCUGCUGAAGUGACAAUGCCGGGUCCUUAACCCACUGUGCCACAAGGGGAAUUCCAAAUAGAAGACCCUUUGAAAUGACUGGUUCCUUUAAGGUACGGAAGCUUUAUUUUGCAUAUUUAUUUCACAUCUUUGUGUUUUGAGGAAACUUGAAAAGGGCAGGCAUGAAGCUUUUUUUUUUUUUUUUUUUGCUAUCUGUCCACCCCAAGUUCUGGAGGAGGCGCUAUGUUUUGAGAAACUGUGUUUGAGUGUACAGUUUAUUUAUGCAUAAUUUAAUGGGGUCUGUAAAUAUGGGUGCACUUCUUAUGACUUUUUGAGAAAUGGGAUUCGAUUUUAAUAUUGACUUUUAAAGGUGACGGGGUAAAUCUAAGAUACAUCUUUAGGUUUUAUUCAUAUGUACACAGGGUAUUAAGAAUUAUGAGGAUCCUGAGCUCUGUUUCUUGACUCCGGAAGACACUAUUUCAUUGACUCUGUUCACAAAGCAAUAACUUUGUCUCAUUUCUCUUGGGCUGACGCGAGGAUGAGUGCAAGGUACAGCGCAUGGGGGUGAAAAUGGGAGUUUGGGAAGUGAACUCCUUGCCUGUAAAACAUUCCCAAAAUAAUUGCUGUGUAUAUGAAACCUGUAUAAUAAAAGUAUUCUCGAUAGAAGCUGUGAAA